GCAGGGAAGGGGGGCCCCCGCUUUGAGCUGCGUCUGCAUGUGGUGGCCGUUAGCCGUAGCCCCCAUGUCAGGGGACAUUGCUCGCGGUGCUCCCGGGUGGUUAGAGCCUUGCUGGGGCAGCAGUUCCCCCUGGAGCGCCUGCUGUUCCUGAACAUGGCAUUUGCUUCACACGCCGCCUUUCUGUUCUCUCUGCAGCCGCCAAGCUUGAAAGCGCUGAGCCGCUCCCCAAUGUCGGAUGCCUGGGAGUGCAAGGCGCAGGACCCCUUUGCCAGCAGCGAGGAGCAGGACGAGGUGCCCCACCAGGUGACGGUGACGGACACGGACACAGGCAGCCAGUGCCAGUGCCCAGAGGAGGAGCUCGACAGGGCUCCCCAGAAGCGGACGAGCACCCAGAACGGGAUGCAGGACAGUGGGGGCGGGGGCACAGGAGUGAAGAAGAAACGGAAGAAAAAGGAUCUGGGAGAGCAGGAAGGGGGAGAAAAAGCAGCUGUGGAGGUGAAACCAAAGAGGAGGAGAGAGCCUAAAGAACCAAAAGAGCCUAAAAAGGCUAAGGAGCCCAAGAAGCCGAAGGAGCCCAAGCAGAGGGAGGUGGCCAAGAAGCCCCGGAAACCUCGGGAACCCAAAGCCCCCAAGGAGCCUAAAGACAAGAAGAGCGGCUCUGAGCCUGCCCCCAGAGCAAGACCCAAGAAGAGCAGCAAGGACACCCCUGUGGAGAAGAAGAAGAAAGGGAAGAGGAAAAAUGAGAUACCAGUGGACAGUUUGGAUUUGGAUCAGGAUGUCCUGAGCCCAUCCGUGCAGAGCCCAGAGGAGUCUGCAGAGUCAGCUGACAGCCAGAAACGCCGCUCGGGACGGCAAGUGAAGAGGAGAAAGUACAACGAGGACCUGGAUUUCAAGGUGGUGGAUGAUGACGGCGAGACAAUAGCAGUGCUGGGAGCUGGGCGAACCUCUGCACUCUCCGCCUCUACUCUGGCAUGGCAGGCAGAGGAGCCUCCUGAGGAUGAUGCCAAUAUCAUUGAGAAGAUCCUUGCCUCCAGGAUGGUGCAGAAGGAGGCUCAUCCCGGAGGCCUGGCGUUUGAGAUGGAGGAGUUCUACGUCAAGUACAGGAACUUCUCCUACCUCCACUGUAAAUGGGCGACUCUGGAGGAGCUGGAGAAGGACCCCAGGAUCUCCCAGAAGAUAAAGCGCUUUCGGAACAAGCAGGCACAGAUGAAGCAUAUUUUUACAGAGCCUGAUGAGGAUUUGUUCAACCCGGACUACGUGGAGGUAGAUCGAAUUCUGGAGGUGGCUCACACGAAGGACCCUGACACCGGGGAGGAGGUGACUCACUACCUGGUGAAGUGGUGCUCGCUGCCCUAUGAGGAGAGCACCUGGGAGCUGGAGGAGGAUGUCGACCCAGGGAAGAUUAAAGAGUUUGAAGCCCUCCAAAUCCCUCCAGAAAUCAAGCACAUGGAGCGGCCAGCAUCUGAGUCCUGGCAGAAACUGGAGAAGUCCCGGGAGUAUAAGAACAGCAACCAGCUGCGGGAGUAUCAGCUGGAGGGAAUGAACUGGCUGCUCUUUAACUGGUAUAACAGGAAGAACUGCAUCCUGGCUGAUGAGAUGGGGCUGGGGAAGACAAUCCAGUCAAUCACCUUCCUCUCAGAAAUAUUCCUGAUGGGCAUCCAUGGCCCCUUCCUCAUCAUUGCACCUCUCUCCACCAUCACCAACUGGGAGAGGGAGUUCCGCACCUGGACGGAGAUGAAUGCCAUCGUGUACCACGGCAGCCAGAUCAGCCGGCAGAUGAUCCAGCAGUACGAGAUGGUGUACAGGGACACACAGGGUAACCCUCUCCCUGGGAUCUUCAAGUUCCAGGUGGUUAUCACCACCUUUGAGAUGAUCCUUGCCGACUGCCCGGAGCUGAAGAAGAUCCAGUGGCGCUGCGUGGUCAUCGACGAGGCACAUCGCCUGAAGAACAGGAACUGCAAACUCCUGGAGGGGCUGAAGCUCAUGGCCCUGGAGCACAAGGUGCUGCUGACAGGGACACCCCUGCAGAACUCGGUGGAGGAGCUCUUCAGCCUCCUGAAUUUCCUGGAGCCACAGCAGUUCCCCUCAGAGACAGCCUUCCUGGAGGAGUUUGGAGACCUGAAGACAGAGGAGCAGGUGAAGAAGCUGCAGUCCAUCCUGAAGCCCAUGAUGCUGCGGCGGCUGAAGGAUGAUGUAGAGAAGAAUCUGGCACCCAAGCAGGAGACCAUCAUUGAGGUGGAGCUGACCAAUAUCCAGAAGAAAUACUACCGGGCCAUCCUGGAGAAGAACUUCUCCUUCCUCUCCAAGGGUGCCAACCAGCACAAUAUGCCCAACCUCAUCAACACCAUGAUGGAGCUGCGGAAGUGCUGCAAUCACCCGUAUCUCAUCAAUGGGGCGGAGGAGAAGAUCCUGGAAGACUUUCGUAAAACACACAGCCCAGAGGCACCAGACUUCCAGCUGCAGGCGAUGAUCCAGGCGGCCGGCAAGCUGGUGCUCAUUGAUAAGCUGCUUCCCAAGCUGAUUGCUGGUGGGCACAAGGUGCUCAUCUUCUCCCAGAUGGUGCGCUGCCUCGACAUCCUGGAAGACUAUCUCAUUCAAAGGCGGUACACCUAUGAGCGCAUCGAUGGGCGCGUGCGCGGGAACCUGCGCCAAGCUGCCAUCGACCGCUUCUGCAAGCCCGACUCGGAUCGCUUCGUCUUUCUCCUGUGCACACGGGCAGGUGGGCUGGGCAUCAACCUGACCGCUGCCGACACCUGCAUCAUCUUUGACUCGGACUGGAACCCGCAGAACGACCUACAGGCUCAAGCUCGCUGCCACCGAAUCGGGCAGAGCAAGGCGGUGAAAGUUUAUCGCCUCAUCACCAGGAACUCCUACGAGCGGGAGAUGUUCGACAAGGCCAGCCUGAAGCUGGGCCUGGAUAAGGCCGUGCUGCAGGACAUCAACCGCAAAGGCAGCACCAACGGGGUAGGUUGGCUGAAAAAGAUGGAGGUGGAGGACCUGCUGCGGAAGGGUGCCUACGGCGCUCUCAUGGACGAGGAGGACGAAGGAUCAAAGUUCUGUGAGGAAGACAUUGAUCAGAUCCUCCAGCGCAGGACACAGACCAUCACGAUCCAGUCUGAGGGGAAGGGCUCCACCUUUGCCAAGGCCAGCUUUGUGGCAUCAGGAAACAGAACUGACAUCUCCUUAGAUGACCCCAACUUCUGGCAAAAGUGGGCCAAGAUAGCAGAGCUUGAUACAGACGCCAAGAAUGAAAAGGAGAGCCUGGUCAUCGACAGGCCCCGGGUGCGGAAGCAAACCAAACACUACAACUCCUUUGAAGAGGAUGAGCUGAUGGAGUUCUCCGAGCUGGACAGUGACUCGGACGAGCGACCCACGCGCUCGCGGCGCUUCAACGAGAAGACGCGGCGAUACCUGCGGGCUGAGUGCUUCCGCGUGGAGAAGAACCUGCUCAUAUUUGGUUGGGGACGCUGGAAAGAUAUCCUGACCCACGGACGGUUCAAGUGGCACCUGAACGAGAAGGACAUGGAGAUGAUUUGUCGGGCCUUGCUGGUCUAUUGUGUCAAACACUACAAGGGGGAUGAGAAGAUUAAGAGUUUUAUCUGGGAUCUCAUCACGCCGACAAAGGAUGGCCAGAACCAGGCUCUGCAGAAUCACUCAGGCUUGUCAGCCCCGGUGCCCAGAGGCAGGAAGGGGAAGAAGACAAAGAACCAGAUGCUGCUUCCCGAGAUAAAGAACGCAGACUGGCUGGCCACCUGCAACCCCGAGGUCGUCCUGCAUGACGACAGUUACAAGAAGCACCUCAAGCAGCACUGCAACAAGGUUCUCCUGCGGGUGCGAAUGCUGUACUACUUGAAGGCUGAAGUGCUUGGGGAGGCCGCGGACAAAGCCUUCGAGGGGACCCCCGCCAGGGAGCUGGAUGUGCUGCUGCCGGACAUUGACUAUGUGGAGAUCCCUGUGGACUGGUGGAACGCCGAAGCCGAUAAAUCCCUGCUCAUCGGCGUCUUCAAGCACGGUUACGAGAGGUACAAUGCCAUGCGGGCGGACCCAGCGCUGUGCUUUCUGGAGAAGGUGGGCAUGCCGGACGAGAAACUGCUUUCUGCGGAGCAGGGCGUCAGCGACGGGGCCCAGGACACUGCCGAAAGGGGCAGCAUGGAAAAGGAAGAGAGCAGUGGAGAAAAGCUAGAGGGGCUGCCAAAGCAGGAGGACAUCGUGGCUGCUGGGGUGGGCGAAGCCACCCAGGAUGGCUCCGACUCAGACAGAUCCUGCUGGCCUGUCUCAUCUGCUCUCACAGCCAGACUGCGGAGGCUCGUCACCGUCUACCAGCGCUGCAACCGCAAAGAGCUGCCUCCUCGUGCCGAGAUGCUUGUGCCCGGUAACCAUGGAUACUGGCUGCAGGAUGAGAUGUUCAGGAGAGCCUCCGAGAUGGACUCGGUGAACAAAGAAAUGCAGAAAAGGUGGACCAGGAGGGAGCAGGCAGAUUUCUACCGCACUGUCUCCUCCUUUGGGGUUAUCUAUGACCAGGAGAAAAAGAUCUUUGACUGGGCCCAGUUCCGAGCCAUCUCUCGACUGGAGAAGAAGACAGAUGAGAGCUUGGAGAAGUAUUUCCACAGCUUUGUGGCCAUGUGCAAGAAUGUCUGUGGUGUCCCACUGUGGAAAGAUGAUGGUCCCCCAGACCCUGACAUCUACGUGGAGCCCAUCACGGAGGAACGUGCUGCCAGAACCCUCUACCGUAUCGAGCUUCUGCGAAAGGUGCGCGAGCAGGUGCUCAGGUGUCCGCAGCUCCACGAGCGGCUCAAGCUGUGCCGGCCGAGCCUCUACCUGCCGGUGUGGUGGGAGUGUGGCAAACACGAUCGGGACCUGCUGAUCGGCACUGCCAAGCAUGGCCUGAAUCGCACUGACUACUACAUCAUGAAUGACCCCCAGCUGUCUUUUUUAGAUGCAUACAGGAACUAUGCCCAGCAUAAAAGAAUGGGGCUGCCAGGCCCAGAAACCUUGUGCUGCCUUUACCAGACUAACUCCAAACUCUACAGUUCCCCUCUGUACAGCCAGGUGGACCGGACUUGUGAAUCCGUGGAGAAUGAAGCUGAGAGUCGGAUCAAGCAAGAAACUGUAGACAGCGCUAUGUCCCAGGCUGGGGGGAGUCCACCAGAUGCAAACUGUGAAACAUUCAUGUCUAAAGUCCGGGACAUCAUUUCCAGUAACUAUGAUGAGAGCUCUCUGCCAGACUCAUUGGUGUGCAUGAUGUACGACGAGAAGGCCUGUAACAGUGAGCAAAGCUCCCUUGCCCGAGACAGCCCGAGUUGUACAGACGUUGGCAGCAGUGUUGCUAAACUCUCUGAGGGCAAGGUAGAGGGAGACGAGGAUCCGUCCAGCUGCGAUGCAGAUGCCAUGAGAGAGACACCCUUCCUGGAGGGUCUGCAGGUGGACUGUGACCGAAUGGACAGUCAGAAUGAGGAAGCUGAGCCUUCACCUUCUACCCCCGAAAGCGACCCUCUGCAGAGCGUACCAGCAGAGCUCUGCGAAGGCUUGCAGCAAAAGGGAGACCCCACCAGCCCUGCACCAGUGCUGCCUGAGCACGGCGCCAUGGAAGGGGUCAUAAGCAUGGGGCUCUACAGUCCCAGUCUUCAUAACUAUGAAAUAAAGGUUCCUCCUGAGCAGAGAUUCAUCAGUCUGCUGCAGGAGAAAGGAAUGGAGGCAAAGUCAGGGCCAAGUCAGAGCCACAGCGAGGAAGAUGAGGAGGAAGAAGAGGACGACGAUAACUCUGAGGCAGCAGCAGAUGUGGAAGGCUUGAGUGGUCCCAGGACCAGGGCCGGUUGUGACCCCGAAGCUAAUGAACUGAGGGGCGAGGAGCAGAGCUCUGGCCUCCCCACACCCGAGGACACUUGCCCAGAAGAUGUGAAUGGCGAGAGGGAGUCCCUGGGGCUGGGGACACCCGAAGGGCUGGGGGUGCCUGGGCCGGAGGGCAGGGAGGACCGUGGCCUGGAUGAGGAGAGCACUCUGCAGCACUCACCGGGCCAGGUUCAGAGCCAGGCUUUCAGCCUGCCUACACCUCUGCUGGGGGCCCCGGGGACAGAGACCCCCCAUGCUGGGGGGGAUGCCUGGGGCCGAGGGGCUGAGGGGCAGGCAGGCUGCAGGGAGGCCCUGCACCCCGAGCCCCAGGGGGUGAAGCAAGAAGAAUGUGAGAACAGAGAUGGGGAGAAAGCCAGCAGCAGCCAGAAUCAAGAUGGUCCAGAGAAGUACUUGGAGGAAGAGAGCAAGAGUUCUGCCUCUGUCCUGCCCGGGGAGAUUGAUGACCUUCAGGAUGCCCGGGCACCGACCAUAGCCCAGCUGCUGCAGGAGAAGACACUUUACUCCUUCUCUGAGUGGCCUAAGGACCGUGUGAUCAUCAACCGCAUUGACAACAUCUGCCAUGCCAUCCUGAAGGGCAAGUGGCCUUCCUCCAGCCAGCAGUUUGAGACACAAAGCCUGCUGACUCCAGCAGUAGCUAGCAAUGCCGGCAGCAGGAACAGCUUUGCUGAGUCGGAAGCCCCUGAUCCCGGCUUCAAUAACAGGGUGUUAAUCUCGCAGGUACAAAAGGAAGGUUUCCUGACCCCUGUCUUUGCAAAGGACGAGCGGAAGCACAGGAGGCCCUAUGAAUUCGAGAUGGAGAGAGAUGCCAAACAGAGGAGCUUGGAGCAGCUAGCAGCAGCCCAUGUACAUCCACCCAUUGUGCUGAACGGCUGGCGUGACGCAGCGGUGGACUUGUCCAGAGCCUCUGAUGGGUCCCCAGGGAGCUCCUCUCCUUUCCCCCUGAACACAAACAUGCCCAAACUGGGGACUGUGAACACGCUCCAGGGCUCCCUGGGCAUGGACUUGUCCGGCAUCCUCCAGGCAGGAUUAAUCCAUCCUGUCACAGGACAAAUUGUAAACGGCAGCCUCCGAAGAGACGACGCUGCCAUGAGGAGGAGACGGGGAAGGAGAAAAAAUGUAGAAGGGAUGGACCUCAUCUUCUUGAAGGAGAGGCCUUUUCCAACCAGGCUGCAGGAUGUUCAGGAAGACCAGCCACAGGCCUCCCAGAACAGUCCCCUCCCCGAUGGGCCGGUUGGUGCUACCUCAACUCCACAGCCAGUCCCAGCUGGAGGCAGCCAAGCAGAGAAGGCUGUCCCAAAUAAGAGUCUCCUCGACUGGCUCCGUCAGCAGUCUGACUACACGCUCGACGUUCCUGGCUUUGGCACAAAUUUUUCAGACAAGCCCAAGCAGAGGAGGCAACGCUGCAAGGACCCCAGCAAAUUGGACUUAAACUCACUCACGGGAGAGGAGCGGGUGCCCGUGGUACAUAAGGGUACCGGACGGCGGUUAGGGGGAGCCACGGCACCAGCAUUGAAGGAAUUGCCAAGGUGGCUUGAUGCAAACUUGGAGUAUGCUGUUGCAGCUGACUGGGCUGACAUUGUUAAGCUUUCAGGCUACUUACCAGAAAGCAAAUUCAAUCGCAUCCUAACCGAGCCUGUGCUCCGAGACGCGGGGCCCCGCCGGAGGGGGAGAAGGCCCCGAAGCGAACUCAUUAAAGGCCCCGGCGUUGUAGCAGAUUCUUCUUCUGGAAUGGGACCAUUGUUCAUGAACGGACUGAUUGCUGGGAUGGAUCUAGUGGGACUUCAGAACAUGAGAAACAUGCAAGGGAUCCCUCUGACUGGGCUGGUUGGCUUUCCUGCUGGAUUUGCAGCAGUGCCCGCCGGCGAGGAUGUGAAAAGCACCCUGAGUAUGUUGCCCAUGAUGCUGCCAGGCAUGGCCACCGUGCCGCAGAUGUUUGGCGUUGGAGGACUUCUCAACCCCCCCAUGACAACUACUUGUACUGCGACUGCUCCGGCUUCGUUAACAAGCACAACGAAAAGUGGUUCAGCCAGCGCAGAGAAAGCUACUGAGGAUAAACAGAGCAGCCAGGAUGCGAAAAAAGAAACUCUCUCGGAAGAUAAGCCUGGUCCUAGUUCGUUUUCUAAUCAGACAGAAUCCGCAAUAACUACCAGUAGUCCUGUAGCUUUUAACCCGUUUCUUAUCCCAGGGAUGUCUCCUGGACUGAUCUAUCCCUCAAUGUUCCUUUCCCCUGGCAUCGGCAUGGCGCUGCCCAGCAUACAGCAAACCAGGCACUUGGAGGCAGCAAACCUGGAAAGCCAGAAGCGGAAGAGAAAGAAAGCGAAAGGGGAGUCGGCCAACCCCGAGCCAGAAACUGUCUUGCUGCCAGACAAAGGAGCCGCCAACAGUCAAAACUGUACAGAGCAAACGCCGUCGUCGGCAGCAGAGAAGGAGCAGGACGGACCAGCGGAGGAGGAGCGCGGAGCGGCUUGCGAUACCAAUUAGAACUUUUGUUUCGUUGAAAAAAAAACACAAAAAGAUUGUGGCUUGUGAGUUUCUUAUCCCAUAAGCUCUUUGUUACUCCCCCUCCCGCCCCGCUCCGCCUUCAUAAACCUGUGUUUCCAUGAGUAAUAUUACCUACCUAAUUCCCUGUCAGAAAAAACUCUGGUGACAUACUACAUGUUAAUAGUUGAGGGUCUUGCCACUUUAUUAGAUAAACAGUGUUGUCUAGCUAGUAUGGGAGGCACCGAAUUCUCGUUCUGUUUUUCCAGUCAUUCAUCCCAGCUGACGAUAGCAAAUCCAGUACUCGGUCACCCCCCCAAAUUGCUCACUCCUUUGAGAAGAAAAAGCAGCAAAAAAA